AUGACAUCACAUACAAAUGAAGACUUGCAACUAGAAGAUAUGGAAAAACUCUCCACUGCGGUACGCGAACCUACAGCGCGGAGUCCAGCGCAGCCGCCCGCGCCGCAGCCGCGCGAUCAGCGGUCACUAAUACCUACUAAGGCGACUACAGCAAAAAACCACAUUAUUUUAAUUUUAACGAUUAACACAGUCGACUCUCGUUAA